GAUCUCUGCGAGAGACUCAUCCUGUAGAACACAAAGAGGGAACGCGACGCGUCAGAGCGCGUCGAACGCGUCGAAUAGGUCGACCAUACCUCUUCUUCUUCACUGUCCUCUUCCUCAUCAUCGUCAUCAUCGUCGUCGUCGUCGUCAUCUUCGUCGUCGUCCUCUUCCAUCGCGUCGUCGGCUAUGACCUUGCCCUUGCCUUUGUCGGCGGCAGGAGAGGCACCAGACGCGUUGGUUGUCGAGGUGGCAGUACUAUAUGCGACGCGUCAACAGGUAUGAAAGAAAGACAGAGGCGGGGACCCACGCAGGAGCUUUGGGAUCGGUGGCAGAACUAGACAUAGUUGUAAGCAGUGGUCGUGGUUGGAGGCAAAAAGUGACGGUCACCUGAUUGGUUUCGCACUGGGAAUACACCUGUCAGCCUCAUUACGACCAUGUAUGAUUCUCACUCUCUUUCUAGUCCUGAUGCCAGCUGCGAAUUAUGGGUACCACAAACUUAUCUGCACCGCCUGCUUUUUAGCGCCUCUCCUCGCUUUAUACUUUGUAUCUGGAACUAGCAAGGCACUCUAAGCCUGAAACGGAGGGCAUUGUGAUGAGGUUGAUCAGAUUCGAAGAACCAGAUGCAAGUCUCAUCAUGCAUGGUUAUCUCCGGUGUCCCAUAUGCCGUCUCCCCGCCGUCGAAUGUGUGAUGUACACAUCCUGGUUUCUGUCCUUUCCCCUUGACGUCCAUGUCCCGGUCCUCGUCGCCGUUUUCCGAGCGCAAGUCCACGACACGUCUCGCGGACCCACCUCGAACACCGCGUGUCUCCGUGUUUUCCUCUGUCGUCCCGUACCUGCGAAGAACAGAAAUCUUCGAGGAAGUCGCUCACAAUAAGACCCCCCGCGUCACUCUCAAGCUCUCCUCCGUCUCUUUUCUUGACUCCACCGUCAAGGACGAUGUAUCGCAGAAUCCGCUGUAUGUGAUUCGCACCUCGGGGACGUCGACAAGCAUACUGCGCUCGGAUCCCUGGGACGGGCUGAAUAAGACGGCGGAAAUCAAGUGGCCGAGACAGAUACCGACCAAGGACAAGACGCGGGCGACGUUGGGUGUGUUGGUGCAGUUGUCUGAUGGACGUUGGCAGAGUGGUGAUGCGAUUCUGAAACCGGGUACCAUGCUGAGUGCACCGUCGAAAUUCACCAUACCCGAUUUCGGUGGGAGCAUGAAAUGGAAGCGCAUGGGGAAUGCCUAUUGGUGCACGACGUCAAGCGUCAAAGGCCCCAUUGCGACGCUCCACCCAGCAUUCGAGGGCGUCCCCCCGCGUCUCAGGAUCUUCGAGACGCUGCACGACAGAUACGACGCUCGGCCGGUGCCCAUGCACCAGGGCGUGUCGAUUCUGCUGAUCGACCACCUGAUUUUGACGGCGCUUCUUCUGGUCACGGAUGUCCAGGACUGGAUGCUGGUGCAGAAGUAUCAGGGACCCGGAGCAGAAGCGUCGCCAGCCGGGACAUCAUCGUCCGACCUGCUCGCCGAGCAGGCACCCCUCUCAGCGCCGGUGUCGACCUCGCAGUGGCGCAAGGUGUUCUACGGCGAGCCCAUCUUUCCCAAACGAUAUCCCUCUCCGCGGAAUGCAUCUACGCCCGACCUAUCUGCGCCGGUGCCGACGAGCUCGAAGCAGAUGGCGAAAAUCAUCUAUGGAGACCCCCUGUUUCCGUCCAUCUCGCCGAACCCGGACACGUCGACAUGGGCUGCAGACGACGAUGACUCGGACGAUGACACUUGGGCUCGGCAACGAGACAGCGCGAUGGCAUCGCCCGUGCUGCCUCAAACACCGCCGAACCAGACCGACACGAUCUUUACCCCCCGACAGGAUUACCGGAAGCCUGAUGCACCGCCGCCUGUUCCCCGGAUACCCACUCAUUUUGCGAACGAAUCGACGUCAACCUCGCGGUCUUCGUCGUCGCGUGAGGCUCCGACGCCGAUUGAUGCCCCGACCUCUCGGGCGAGCCGGCAGCUUCCGACGCCACUGAAAGGCCGUGCACCGCACAGAUCCCAGUCGACGCCGCCACGUGAGCCGCUCGCCGCUCUGUACGGCCGGCGGCCUUCGGAGCCCUUGUUCCUCGCCAUGCCCCCGGCACCGCCAGGUCCAUCGGAGCCCUCGCCGGCGACGCCGUCGCGGACUCUGGUGCGCUCGCAGUCCAUGCGAUUACGGCAGUUGCCGCUUCCCCCAUCAGAGCCGUCGACACCCAUUACGCCAUCAGUUGCAGGGCGGACAUCUCGGCGUGGAUCCCAGUACAGCCAGCGCUCACUGCCCGUGCCGCCAGGAUCACCUAUGGGCGCUCCUCCGCUACCUCCGCUGCCCCCGCUGCCGCAGCCGAAAGAUCCAUCGGACCCGAUGUGGUUUUUCUCUGCGGCCGGCCCCAGGGCAUCCCAAUUCGUCGAGGCCCCGCCUCCUUACCUCGAGUCAUCGCCUGACCCGAUGGCGCAUUAUCACAAAGCCAGAGCCGGCUCUGCGACUGUCCCAGCAGACUCUUAAUCACACUCAUCCUCCCAGAGAAGACUGACCGACUCCACCAUCGUCCUCGAGACCGCAGAACUGACCUGAUCCCAUGCACCGGCUUGGAGCGGGCAUCUGGCUGCUGCUGAAUCUCGAUUCUUGUUGACACAACGCCUACUUGGCGAGAGUUCCUUAAAAGUCUACUCCGGUACAGCUUAUUACCAUCUGUCAGAUCAGGGCGUGUCCACCGCGGGACAGGCCGCAGUAGCACGCAUCCUUGCCUUUUCCGUGAUGUUUUGCAUCUGAGUCCGGCGUAUUGAGUUACAUGACGCGACUUCAGCGGACACAUAUUACAGCGGGGUUCAUCGGGGCCGGGUGUCCGUAGUAGCCCGCAUUGUCCUAGUUUCUCUCUGCCAUAUUCGAGCCGUGGAGUCUGCCGUGGAUCCUCCGUACGUUCCGCCCUACCCGUCGUACUUCUGAGAUGAUCUCGGGUAACGAGCUCGAGCUUUACUCCGUGCUUAUGUAAGUCACUGCAGAGUGGGUGUUCGUCGUACCAAUCCAUAUUUCGACUGUGCAUGCUUAUGUCUCUGUUAUGGCUGGCCUUGCUUGAAUGGGAAUUGGCUAAGUGAGAUUCUCAGAUCACGCUUACAGGGAGAACAUCUCCAUGCAAAGAUCCAGCGUCGAUGACAAAGAGGUACAUGAAUCCGGAGGCAGGGUCGUCGCGAA